AUGAUUAUUGCCUUGAAUUACAUAAUGUAUCUUAAUCACAUCAUAUAUAAUUUAACUUUAUUGUUGUCGGCUAUUGCAUUUUAUUUUAAAUUAUUUUACACAACAAUUUUUACUUGUCUGGUGAAUGGAUUAUUAAUAACUUAUUUCCACAAAGCAACUGAAUUGUAUAUCUUUAGUCUUAUAGAAUAA